AAAAAAUAAGAAGAAAUGAAUCAAAAUUUCAAAACACCUGACCACCAUAAAUUCAACAACUCCUCUUCACGACGUUAAUUAAGAAAACCUGCAAACCGUAACCUCGCCGGAAAAAUCUCCUCAGCCGUGUACCCCCUGAAACUUCUCUCCCCCAAUUCAAUACCAACCUCGUAUCGAUCACGCACAUACACACAUAUGUUGUAUCUAUCCAUCUCCAUAUCUACACUACCCAUAUUUAGUCAAGCUGUCAAACAAUUUUUUCCUUUUCUUUUGAAAAAUUUCUAUUUGGGAGCAAAGGAAUUUGGCAGUUGAGCCCUGAGUUAUGCUGAUCUCGCGAUGCAUCCUUUCUGCUGCGGGUCAACGGUGACGAUCGACAGCUACGACAUGCCGCCUCCGGCGCCGUAUCCGCCGUCAGAUCCGGCGACUAACGGGCACAACUCGGCGGCUCUAUCCAGAGCCUCUUCGGUGCGCGAUGCCGGGGGAGAUCACGGCCACGGCCAGAAUCAGGUUAACCGGGAGCUGAAGAUCAACGACAUAGUUGGGGAUGGGAUCUCGGGGAUUUUGUACAAGUGGGUGAACUACGGGAGGGGCUGGCGGCCGCGGUGGUUCGUGCUUCAGGACGGGGUGCUGAGCUACUACAAGAUCCACGGGCCGGACAGGAUUGUCCUUGAGCAGGAGACGGAGAGAGGGUCAAGAGUGAUUGGGGAUGAGUCGAUGAGGCGGAUUAAGCGGCCUCUUGCUAAUCACCACCACCACCAUCAAAAUCAGAAUCAGAAUCACCAUCGGAACAGAAGCAGUAGCUCGUCGCCGAAAAGCCGGAAGCCCGUUGGCGAAGUUCAUUUAAAGAAAAUGCAACUGCCUGGUCUUUUCAACUGUUUAGUUUCCAUACAGGUCUCAUCUAUUCGGGAGAGCCAAUCAGAUGAUAAGAGAUUCUCCAUUUUUACGGGGACAAAGAAGCUCCAUCUGAGGACCGAGAGCCGUGAGGCCAGAAUAACUUGGAUGGAAGCUUUGCAGACAGUGAAGGAAAUGUUCCCAAGGAUGUCCAACAGUGAGCUAUUGGCGCCCGUGGACAACUUGGCGGUCUCAACCGAGAAGCUGAGGCAGAGGCUGUUGGAAGAAGGCUUGAGUGAGGCCGCCAUUCAGCAAAGCGAGCAGAUCAUGAGGAAUGAAUUUGCUUCAUUGCAGAAUCAGCUGAUGAUCUUGCAGCAGAAGCAUUGGAUCCUCGUGGACACACUGCGUCAGCUUGAGACAGAAAAAGUUGACUUGGAGAAUACGGUUGUUGACGAGAGCCAGAGACAGUCUAAAGAUGUUGGGGCACCGGCAUCUACUAACACAAGGCAAGAUAAGUCUAGUGAAAGCACCACUGAGUCAGAAGAUGAGAAUGAAAGAGUAGAUGGGGCAGAGGAGGAUACAGAUGAAGAAGACAAUGCCUUUUUUGACACCAGAGAUUUUCUUUCUUCUAGUUCCUUUAGAAGUAGCGGGUCCGACUUUAGGAUGUUAUCACUAUCAUCUGAUGAUGAUGAGCAUUGUUCUUUUGAAGAUGAGGAAGAUAUUGAUCCUGCCAUUAGAUCUGUUGGAAUGAACUUUCCUCGCAUUAAGCGUCGCAAAAAAUUACCUGAUCCUGUUGAGAAAGAGAAAGGAGUGAGUUUAUGGUCGAUGAUUAAAGACAAUAUUGGGAAGGAUCUUUCCAAAGUAUGUCUCCCGGUUUACUUCAAUGAACCGCUCUCUUCACUGCAAAAAUGUUUUGAAGAUGUGGAAUAUUCAUAUCUGAUUGAUCGGGCCUAUGAAUGGGGAAAGAAGGAUUGCUUCUCUUUUCAAGGUCCAUCAGUCUUCUGGAAUAUGACAACUGAUGAACGAGGUAACAACCUUAUGCGGAUGCUAAAUGUAGCUGCAUUUGUGGCAUCUGGAUAUGCUUCAACAGAUGGAAGAAUAUGCAAACCUUUCAAUCCAUUGUUAGGGGAGACCUAUGAAGCUGAUUACCCAGAUAAAGGCGUCCGAUUUUUCUCAGAGAAGGUUAGUCAUCACCCUAUGAUUGUAGCAUGUCAUUGUGAGGGUAGAGGCUGGAGGUUUUAUGGUGACAGCAAUCUCAAAAGCAAAUUUUGGGGACGAUCUAUUCAGCUCGACCCAGUUGGUGUAUUAACUCUUGAAUUUGAUGAUGGGGAAAUCUUCCAAUGGAGCAAGGUGACAACAUCUAUUUACAAUCUAAUUCUGGGUAAACUUUAUUGCGACCAUUAUGGUACAAUGCGGAUACAAGGAAACCGUGACUACUCGUGCAAACUGAAAUUCAAGGAGCAGUCUAUCAUAGACAGGAAUCCUCAUCAAGUGCAUGGAGUUGUCCAGGACAAGAGUGGAAAAACGGUGGCAACUUUGUUCGGAAAAUGGGAUGAGAGCAUGCAUUACGUAAAUGGAGAUUACUCUUCCAAAGGGAAAGGGCAACAGUCCAUGUCGGAAGCUCACUUGCUCUGGAAACGUAGCCACCCUCCUAAGUUCCCGACACGUUACAACUUAACUCGGUUUGCCAUCACAAUGAAUGAGUUUACUCCUGGACUGAAGGAGAAGCUGCCCCCAACUGAUUCAAGGCUUAGACCUGAUCAAAGAUGCUUGGAAAAUGGGGAGUAUGAGAAAGCAAAUGCCGAAAAGUUGCGCCUAGAACAGAGGCAGCGGCAGGCGAGGUCGAUGCAAGAGAGCGGAUGGAAACCGAGAUGGUUUGCAAAAGACGAAGGUUCAAAUACAUACCAUUACAUAGGUGGAUAUUGGGAAGCUAGAGAACAGGGCAACUGGGAAUCAUGUCCCGACAUUUUUGGUCAAAUUACUGCUGAUCAAACUGCAGAUCGAGUAUGAUCAGCUUUUUGUCCUCUUAUUUUAAUUUUAUCAUCUUUUCUUGUGCGUUAGGAAAUAUUUAUGGAAAAUCAGAUGAAUAUGAUGAUUGUAGGUUAGAGCCAAUUGCAAAGAGUUUCCAUUGAGUUCAUAUUCUUCUGAAAAUUGAAAUUGAGUUCUGCUACAUAUCUUUCAUUUAGUGAAUAUAUAGAUGUAUCUCCACAAUGUAGUCUAAUCAUUAGGUAGUCAUUUAUUCCUUUCUAAUUGAUAUUCGAUGGGUAUUUGGAUAAUUUUCAUCUUUGCCGCCAACAACAUUAGUGUAAUGUUGUCUGUGACUGCCCAACGCUUGGACAGUCUAAACAGCUAGUGCCUAGAACAUACUAGUAAAAUAUUAAUGCAAAUAGCCGAUAAAGAAAAAUGAAAUGAUUUUUUCUUUUUUUUUUAAAGAAAGAAAGAGCGAGAUUAUACAGAGCUAGAGCUUUUAUGAUCUGAUAUGUAAACAUUUAUAUACGUU